AUGCCUCCUGUAUCAUCAUCCAAAGCCAAGAGAGAAGCCAAGAAGGCCGAAAGAGACGCCAAGAAGGCAGCAGAAGGUAAAACCAUCCGUACCAGAACCAAGAAGAAUCAAUCUGAAUCUGUCGAUGAAGCUGAGGCUGCCGCAAAGGAAAUUGCUCAAUUGAAGUUACAACAAGAUAAAGAAGGUCUUUCUGAUCGUGUCACCACUGGUGUUCUUGCUUCUUUAGAAACUUCAAGAGAUAUUAAAUUGACCUCUGUAUCAUUAUUGUUCCAUGGUAAAGUCUUGAUUCAAGAUUCAAAUUUGGAAUUAAAUUAUGGGAGAAGAUAUGGGUUGUUAGGUGAAAAUGGGUGUGGUAAAUCUACCUUUUUAAAAGCAUUAGCUACGAGAGAGUAUCCAAUCCCAGAAAAUAUCGAUAUUUAUUUGUUAGAUGAACCUGCUGAACCAAGUGAAUAUUCUGCGUUAGAAUAUGUCGUUAGAGAAGCUCAACAUGAAUUGAAAAGAUUGGAAGAUUUGGUGGAAAAAUAUAUUAUUGAAGAAGGUCCAGAAUCUGAAUUAUUAGAACCUUUGUACGAGAGAAUGGAUUCUUUAGAUCCAGAUACUUUUGAAAGUAGAGCUGCUAUUAUUUUAAUCGGUUUAGGUUUCAAUUCAAAGACUAUUUUAAAGAAAACUAAAGAUAUGUCUGGUGGUUGGAAAAUGCGUGUCGCUUUAGCUAAAGCCCUUUUCGUUAAACCAACUUUAUUAUUGUUAGAUGACCCAACUGCGCAUUUGGAUUUGGAAGCUUGUGUUUGGUUAGAAGAAUAUUUGAAAAGAUUCGAUAGAACUUUGGUUUUAGUUUCUCAUUCUCAAGAUUUCUUAAACGGUGUUUGUACUAAUAUGCUCGAUAUGAGAAAUAAGCAAUUAAUGGCAUAUGGUGGUAAUUAUGAUUCUUACCAUAAGACCCGUUCUGAAAUGGAAACCAACCAAACCAAACAAUAUAAUAAACAACAAGAAGAAAUCGCUCAUAUUAAGAAAUUCAUUGCAUCAGCAGGUACUUAUGCUAACUUAGUCAAACAAGCUAAAUCUAGACAAAAGAUUUUAGAUAAGAUGGAAGCUGAUGGGUUGAUUCAACCUGUUCAACAAGAUAAAGUCUUUUCUUUCAGAUUCCCACCUGUUGAAAGAUUACCACCACCUGUCUUGGCCUUCGAUAGUAUUUCAUUUUCAUACGAUGGUAAUCCAGAACAUAAUUUGUAUGAAAACUUAGAUUUCGGUGUCGAUAUGGAUUCCAGAAUCGCAUUAGUUGGUCCAAAUGGUGUUGGUAAAUCUACUUUAUUGAAAAUUAUGACUGGUGAAUUAAUGCCACAAUCUGGUAGAGUCUCAAGACAUACACAUGUUAAAUUAGGUGUUUACUCACAACAUUCUCAAGAUCAAUUAGAUUUAACUAAAUCCGCUUUGGAAUUCGUUCGUGACAAAUAUCCAAAUAUUUCACAAGAUUUCCAAUAUUGGAGAGGUCAAUUAGGUCGUUAUGGGUUAACUGGGGAAGGUCAAACUGUUCAAAUGGGUACAUUAUCUGAAGGUCAACGUUCGCGUGUUGUUUUCGCUUUGUUAGCAUUAGAACAACCAAAUGUCUUAUUGUUAGAUGAACCUACUAAUGGUCUUGAUAUUCCAACUAUUGAUUCAUUGGCUGAAGCUAUUAAUGAAUUUAACGGUGGUGUUGUUGUGGUUUCUCACGAUUUCAGAUUAUUAGAUAAGAUUGCCAAGGAUAUUUUCGUCGUUGAAAAUAGAACCGCCACAAGAUGGGAUGGUUCAAUCUUGCAAUACAAGAAUAAAUUGGCCAAGAAUGUUGUCUUAUAA